GGGAUUGAAAGGAAAUCUGCCAGUGGUUGUUGCUGCACAUCUCAAACACAUUAAAGAAUUGAAUUCCCCCAAUCUUCUGCACAUGAAUCGCGAACCCAACCACUCUAAAUCACUCUCAAUCUCUCUUGCUCACUUCCCCAUUGAUCUCAAACUCCUGAUCCCUUGUUCUUGGUGAUUCAUAGUUUUUGUUUUUCUUGCAAGAAUGAGCCUUAUCAGCCCCAUUACAACAUGGUCCUACACAAACUCCAUCAACAAUGUUCACAGCAGCAGAUCCACACCCUUUCUUCUUCCUCACCCACUCAAGAACCAUCUGCACCUUUCUUUCUUUUCCUCAAUUCCCAGACAAAAAACCUUUGAUUUUUCCUCGGUUUCAAUCUCAGCCGUCCUCGCCAAAGAACACAAGGGAGACAGCAAAAGCAGCAGUGCUGAUCAGACCUUUAAUUUCAAGAACUACAUGCUUCAAAAGGCUGCCUCCGUGAACAAAGCCCUGGAGAACGCAGUCCUUCUGAGGACGCCCCUCAAGAUUCACGAGUCCAUGAGAUACUCCCUUCUCGCCGGCGGCAAGAGAGUCAGACCCAUGUUGUGUAUCGCAUCCUGCGAGCUUGUCGGCGGCCAAGAAUCCACCGCCAUGCCGGCCGCCUGCGCCGUCGAGAUGAUCCACACCAUGUCCCUUAUGCACGACGACUUGCCCUGCAUGGACGACGACGAUUUGCGGAGGGGGAAGCCCACAAACCACAAGGUCUUCGGCGAGGAUGUGACCGUUUUGGCCGGCGAUGCGCUCUUGGCUUUCGCGUUUGAGCAUGUGGCCACCGCCACGAAAGGGGCUUCCCCGGACAGGGUUGUGAGAGCCGUCGGAGAAUUGGCUAAGUGUGUUGGGGUUGAAGGAGUGGUGGCCGGGCAGGUUGCUGAUAUUACCUCAGAAGGAUUGACCGAAGUUGGAUUAGAGCAUUUAGAGUUCAUUCACGUUCACAAAACCGCCGCUUUGCUGGAGGGACCAGUGGUCAUGGGGGCCAUUCUGGGCGGCGCCGACGACGGAGUUGUUGCCAAGUUAAGGAAGUUCGCGAGGUGCAUCGGGCUGUUGUUUCAGGUGGUUGAUGACAUUCUUGAUGUGACAAAAUCGUCGAAAGAACUCGGGAAGACCGCCGGAAAAGACUUGGUGGCUGAUAAAACCACAUACCCGAAGCUUAUUGGGCUUGAGAAAUCAAGGGAGUUCGCUAAGGAACUGAACAGGGAAGCGCAGGAGCAGCUUGCGGGAUUCGAUCCCGUCAAGGCGGCGCCGUUGAUAGCUCUUGCUAAUUACAUUGCGUAUAGGGAUAACUGAUACAUAUCUGUGUGUAAUUCUGAAGCAACAGCAACAACAACAACAGAGUAUACUCAUAGUCAUAGAUCCAACCCCUACGUAAUAACGUGUUUUCAGAUCGUCAAAUGUUAAAGUUUACUUGUUUAAGAAUAGUUUUGGGUCUUGGGUUUUUCAGAUCAUCA